AUGCGUUUGCCACUUGGAUAUGUUCCUGAGGUUGCUAGCAAGGGGGAGUUACAGGUUUUGAACAAUCAAAAUCAGAUUACUCUUUGUUCACACGGGUUCAAGGGCAGACAAUUCUUAUUGUUCGUGUAUGUGGAUGAUAUUUUGGUUGCUAGCAACAACCUUGUGGCUGCUAACAGUUUCAAGAAUUACUUGCAUGAUCAAAUCAAGCUCAAGGAUUUAGGACCUCUAAAGUUCUUUUUAGGACUUGAAAUUGCUAGAACAGCUAAAGGUAUACGUCUUUGUCAGAAGAAGUAUACAUUAGAGUUACUUGAAGAAACUGGUGUGCUAGCUUCUAAACCUGCAAAGUUUCCUAUGGAUCAAAAUUGCAAGUUGUCAAAGUAUACAGGUGAGUUGUUAAAGGAUGUUUCCAUGUAUAGGAGAUUGGUUGGUAAACUCUUGUUUUUGACUCUAACCAGACCAGACAUCACCUAUAGUAUACAUAAACUAAGUCAGUUUACGGACAAGCCUAGAAAGAUUCACCUUCAAGCACCACAAAGGGUACUGCAGUAUCUCAAAGGAAAACUAGGUCAAGGUCUAUUUUUUGCAGCUGAUUCACAGCUACAUUUGAAAGCCUAUACUGACUCAGAUUGGGCUUCUUGCCCAGUUAAAAGAAAGUCAGUUACUGGAUAUUGUGUAUUCUUAGGAGAUUCAAUGAUUUCUUGGAGAACUAGGAAACGAACAACUGUUUCUAGAUCUUCUGCAGAAGCAGAAUACAGGGCUAUGGCUGUUACUACCUGUGAAGUUGUUUGGUUGUUAGCUCCAUUGAAGGAUCUGCAUGUGCAACAUCUCAGACCAGUUUCUCUUUACUGUGAUAGUCAAGCAGCCUUGCACAUAGCCACAAAUCCAGUUUUCCGUGAGAGGACUAAGCACAUCGAAAUAGAUUGUCACCUGGUAAGAGAGAAGAUACAAGCCAAUGUAAUCAAGACUUUCAAUGUUCCUACCAAACAUCAAUUAGCUGAUUUGGUCACUAAGCCACUUAGCACACAUCAGUUUCUUUCCUUACUUAACAAGAUGGGUAUACUCAAUGUCUUUGUUCCUCCAUCUUAA